AUGAAAGCAUUAAAAAUAAUCAACAGGGUCGCAACAGAUAUUUGCACUAGCAUCUCUAGUUAUUUUGACCAUACCACACUAGUGGAACGUCCAACAUUGUUACCUCACAUGAGCGGUAUACCAGUGUUUUUGAUGAUUUGGCCAUUCUUUAUCGCUGGUGGAGGAAUUGGUGUACCGCAGCGUUUGUACAACUGGGUUCUCGGUCGAUUGGAUAUUAUCAACAAACAGUUAGGCGUUUUAUCCGCGCAGACAAUGAUGGAGCGGACCAAGAUACGCCGACAGAGGUGGAUUCGUGCAGAUAUGAAAGCAUCACGCACAACAUGCAAUGAUACCUUAUUUCCCCUGAUCCUUGAAACUGGCUGCGAGAUGCAGAUGGAGAUGGAGCCAUUGGACUGA